UCCCUUUCUCACGUCUUCAUUUGCAGACGCCACUCCUUCACCUUCUGCCUAGCUGGACUUCUCCUUUCCCUGCUUCUUCGCUCUUGUUUAUGCUCCGCUCUUGUCUCCUUACGUCGUCCUCGCUCACUCUGUUUGCCCAUCCGAUCCUCUCUGCUCCGCAGUUGCCGUCGACGUUUCUCGUCCCCGUGGACUGCAUUUUCAAAAAUGAAGUUCGGAGCCAAGCUCCGCGCCUACGCGCUUCCCGAGUGGCGGGCAGCAUACAUCGACUACGGAGCUCUGAAGUCGUUACUCAAGCAGCUGCAGAGAGAGAUAGACUCGGCAGAAGCUCAGGAAGACCGCAUUCGCGAGAAGUGGAGGAGAUGGAAUGAGAAACUGGAGAAAACGAGAAGCAAAGAAGCUGAGGGUCACCCAGGAAUCUGCGAUGCCGCCACAGACGAACCUGAAUCUGCGCCUCACGUUGUCGCCAACGCGCCAGCUUCCCCUGCGGCCGCCGACAGUGGCAGCACGCGCCUAUCCACUGCUUGCCACGAGUCCUCCAACUCUUCUCCAUCUCCUGGUGUUGUUUCUUCGUCCUCGUCUUCCUCUUCUUCAUCUUCCUCUUCUUCUUCAUCUUCCUCUUCUUCUUCAUCUUCCUCUUCCUCCUCUUCGUCUGCUGUCGCGCAUUCUGCUUCGUCACUGUUUUACUUUUCUGCAUGGUGGGGUGGAGGCGAGGAGAUAGGAGGUCGCGGUGUCGAGGACAGCCGCGCAGAAGAAGCUCGAGAAGCUGAAAGUGUAAGGCGCGUGAGAGAAGCUGCAGUUGACGCGUUCGACUCUCGCCUGGAGAGCGAAGUGGAGAAGGUUGCUGCUCACUUCAACGAAGAACUGGUCUUCCUCGUCGACCGCCUCCAGGCAGUCGAGGCGGAGCUGAAGGCGAUAGAGGUCCGAGAGGGGCGGAGCGCGGCAGCAGAGGCCGAGGAAGGAAGCGCUGGCGAGGAAGGAGGCGAAGACGCGGGGAAGCCACUCCGAGACGAGACAGUCCAGGAAGGGGGAGAAGAGAUAACAGACAAAGAAGUCGCGAAAUCUGAGCGCCGUGUCUUCUUCGACACGCACGUCCGGGAAGGUGAAAACGCACAAAGGGAAGCGACGACAGCGUAUCUGCGUCGCCACGAACGGGUCGUGCUCUCGAUUCUUGACACUCUGGAGAAGCUCGAGGGUUUCGCAAAGUUGAACAUGAUCUGCGUGUACAAAAUAUUGAAGAAGCGAGACAAGAAGUUGAAGACGCAUCUCCUGCAAGACGCCUUCGAGCGCUAUCAGGCUCGUCUCCGCGACCUCGUGGUUCCGGCCAAAAUCAAGAGCAAAGUUCUGGAAAUCUACCGCAGACUGAGCAGGGCGUCCGGCGAGAAGGAUGCUGGCCGAGGUGCCUGCACCUUUCAUCAGCUUCAGAUGUCUGUUCACAAAGACAUGCUGGCAAGACGAGGCGGCUGCUUUGGAAUCCGAGACAAGCUCCGGUAUUUCGCCAUGGGUUGCAUGGCCAUUCUCCUCCUCAACAUUCUUGUUCUCUCUCUGGCACCGGCCUCAAAUCCCCGCUACCAAAAACACACUCUUCUUGCGUAUCUCCCCAUCUACCGAUUUGUAUUUGACUGCGCAUUUGCAACGAUGGCGGGUGCAGCUGCAGUCGCCGCGAUGGAGUACUUCGGUGUGAACUACAAAUUUCUGUUGGACAUCGACCCUAAGUGUCAAGUUGAUUCGACGACGCUCUUUGGUGUUGCUGCGUUCCAGCAACUUCUUUUCCUCCUCACCUUUGCCAUGUUUCUUCUCGACUAUAAAUUCGCGAUUCUCGGGGACCACAACUUAUACUGGGCGUACAUGCCUGCUCUCAUCCUCCUUCAACUGGCGCUGCUUGUCGUGCCUCACCCGACAUUUCGCUUUACCUACCGGAGACACAUUCUCUCCAUUUUCAAAGAAGUUUUUCUCGCAGGCGUCUUUGCCGUCUCCGACGUCAAGCUCGUCCAGAACAUCGUUGGAGAUGUUUUAACGUCUUUCUCAAAGCCUCUCAACGAUCUGCACUACAUUCUCUGUUUCUACUGGACGGGGAUGAGUCACGACACGAAGGCACAGUGCCCAGGCGACGCGUUCAUGCGCCCGCUCUUGGGUGGUCUGCCCUUCUAUCUUCGUUUUUGCCAGUGCAUCAUCAGAUACCGAGGAAGCCGAAACGACGAAAAGGCACAACGCAUGCACUUGAUGAAUGCUGGGAAAUACGUCUCGGGUCUCCUCGUCAUCUUCUGCAAUUCCGUUCCAUGGCAAGCGUUGGGUGUGUCGCCGUACGGUGUCUGCCUCAUCUGGGUGUGCUCCUAUCUCUUGGGGACGAUUUACAUGUUCGCCUGGGACAUCAAAGUUGACUGGGGACUCAUGCCGGACCCCGACCACUUCAUCAGAACUCAGAGCUGUCUGAUGUAUCCUCGCUGGAUGUAUCGCAGCAUCGCUGUUGGAAAUCUCAUUGGACGCCUCACGUGGGCAAUGACGCUGAUGCCCUCCACCUUCGACUCGCUACGGGGGAACUUGCUCAUCCUGGUUAUUUCCCUGAUGGAAAUUUGUCGACGAGCAGCGUGGAUUGUAGUGCGUCUGGAGCACGAGCAUCUGAGCAACUCUUCGAAGUACCGAGCGGUGCUCUGGGUACCACCUUUGUACCAAGACCCUUCGAUGUUCCUGAUUGCGGGUCGCGAAGGAUCGAAGAAGCGCGGCAAGACAGAAGAACGGAGGCGGAAGCCUGCGGCUGUGUUUCUUGCGUAA